CCUGGGGGCCAGGGCUGGGGGCCAGCUUUGCCCCUCACCCUGCCUUGCCUUUCCCUUUGGAGCACCCCGAAAAGAGGCAGAAGGCAGCCUAGGGAAGCUGCUGCUGCUGCUGCCGCCGCUGCUGCUGCCAGUUUCCUUCUUUGAGUGAGCCUCCCCCAGACCAGACCAGACCAGACCAGACCAGGGCUGUCUCUUUGGACGCGGCCAGGAGGCUGGGCUUGGGUCCUCCUCCCUCGAUGCCGGACAGGCCCUGGCCCAGGCCCACUCCUCUUGCAGAGACUACAAAUCCCAGGGUGCAAAGGGGGCCUGGAGUCCAUCCUGCUCCUGCGACGUGGGGUCAGGAGGCAGCGGGGGGGCGGCGCUUGGCCCUCCUCCUGCUCCCUGUCUGCCUGGCUCUGGCUCUGGCUCUGGCUCCUCGCCUUCGGAUGGGGCUCCCAGGAGGGUCUCCUGCUUCUCUGCGCCUCUGGGCAUCGCCGGAGCCAUGAGGCGGACCCAGUGGCCAAGCGGCGGAGGGGCCCCGGGAAAGGGCCCUCAAGAGGAGGAAGAGGAGGUGGAGGAGGAGGAGGAGGACCAGGAGCAGCCCCUGCCUCCCCCUCCUCCUCUUGCCGGGCAGCCCAACGGAGCCUCCCCUCCCCCGGCCCAAGAGCCGCAAGGGACUCCGCCAGCGGUGCCUGGAGUGGCGGCCGGAGACCGGCGCAGCACCGAGUCCGAAGUCUACGACGAUGGGACCAACACCUUCUUCUGGGAAGUGCACACCGUAACUGUCCUGUUUAUUCUCACCUGUAUUGGGUAUGUGACUCUGCUGGAAGAGACCCCACGUACAGCCUAUAACACUAGAGGAGGAAUUGUUGCUAGCAUUUUAGUUUUCUUGUGUUUUGGAGUCACUCAAGCUAAAGAUGGGCCAUUUUCAAGACCUCAUCCAGCCUACUGGAGGUUUUGGCUAUGUGUCAGUGUGGUGUAUGAGCUAUUCCUCAUAUUCAUUCUCUUUCAGACAGUACAUGAUGGAAGACAGUUUAUGAAGUUCAUCGAUCCUAACUUAGGAGUCCCUUUGCCAGAAAGAGACUAUGGUGGAAAUUGUCUUAUAUACGAUCCAGACAACAGGACAGAUCCUUUUCACAAUAUUUGGGACAAACUAGAUGGAUUUGUCCCUGCACAUUUCCUUGGCUGGUAUCUAAAGACACUAAUGAUUCGUGAUUGGUGGAUGUGCAUGAUUAUCAGUGUAAUGUUUGAAUUUCUGGAGUACAGUCUAGAACAUCAACUUCCAAACUUCAGUGAAUGUUGGUGGGACCAUUGGAUUAUGGAUGUAAUGUUAUGCAAUGGACUUGGCAUUUACUGUGGAAUGAAGACUUUGGGCUGGCUUUCAUUAAAAACAUAUAAAUGGCAAGGACUUUGGAACAUUCCCACAUACAAAGGUAAAAUGAAGAGAAUUGCUUUCCAGUUCACACCUUAUAGCUGGGUUAAAUUUGAGUGGAAGCCAGCAUCCAGCCUUCGCAGAUGGCUAGCAGUGUGUGGUAUUAUUUUUAUAUUUUUAUUGGCAGAGUUGAACACUUUUUACUUGAAGUUUGUCCUGUGGAUGCCUCCAGAACACUACUUGGUUCUGCUGCGACUUGUCUUUUAUGUGAAUGUGGGAGGCGUUGCCAUGAGAGAAAUCUAUGACUUCAUGGAUGAUCCGACGUUCCAUAAAAAACUGGGUCAACAGGCAUGGCUGGUUGCUGCUAUCACAGCUACAGAGUUCCUUAUUGUAGUGAAAUACGAUCCCUACACUCUAACAUUGUCACUUCCUUUCUACAUCACACAGUGCUGGAUCCUUGGGAUCAUGCUUGUACUUACAUGGACAGUGUGGCGCUUCUUCAUUCGUGACAUCAAUUUACGAUAUAAAGAGAUAAGACGACAGAAACAAGAACAUAAGUAUGGAAAAGACAAAGACAAGUGUUUAAGCAAUGGUGAUGGACAUGCAGUAUUGGCAGAUGAGCACAGUGAGAAUAAACUAAAGGAGAAAAAACUUUGAACUUGAGUGAUGAAUUAAGGGCUAUAAGGGUUAUUUUUCAUGACUUUGUAAGUUUAACCCUCCAUAGUUUUGUAACUUUCAAUGUUUUCUCAUGUGUGAGAAUCCUGUUGGAAAAAGGUGCCACCUAAUCUCUUUUGACCAAGGUGUUUACAACUAAUGUUACAAGCAAUGCUCCUUCCACAAAAGAACCUCCACUGAAGUGUAUUAUAAGUGUUUGUGUCAUCUUAACAAGAGGAGGGUCAGGGAGGCUUACGUAGAUACAAAGGGAAUCUAGUAGCCCCAGGUCUGGAAAACUGUUCCUGCUUGGGGCAUCAUGAACACAUUUUCUGGAAUAAAUAUGUACACUGUGAAAAGCAGUUUGGUAUUUUCUGCUGGAGCUACCUGGAACUGUAGCUAUAAUACUCAUGUCCUUCUGAUUCAUUUACCAGUUAGGACAGUCUCAAUAAAAUAAAUGGUGAGAUACAAUAGAAACACGAGAACAAAUUGCAUAACUUGCACAGUAUACUAUUGCAACAGCCCAUGAGGGUCUUGGAUCUAGCUGCCUAUGUCUCAAAACAAAGCUGCAGAACCUUGAAACAGCCUGCAAGUUUUGUACUACAUCCUGUUGAUAACCAAAUACCUCUUCAAUCCAUCUAGAUCCUGGUCAUUUCUUUAGGUCAGAACAUUUAACUUUGCUGGUCAGUAGCCAAAUAGAGCAAAUGCAGGAUGAAAAAGAUAGAAAAUAGUUAAUCCACUAAAGUUGGGUGUUCAUUGCCUUACUCUACCAGUGAGCUGUUUGCUGCUCUUGCCUUGGUUCUUGGACCCCUCUUCCUUGUACAAGACAGAGUUUGUCAUUUGCUAGAAUGGUCUUGUUACUUCUAGAGUCUAAAUUGAACUAAAUAGAAUGAAGCUGUUUACAGGCAAUGGCAGUGGACACAAUCAGUCACUAAAAGGCUAUGGCUACUGCCAACAGCACAUAGGAGCUCGAGUCAAGGGACACUGGCUAUCUUACUUGUCAUUUGCUUCCCAAAACCAAAUGGUGUCAUGUUACAAACAUUUCUGUGAUUACAGUUAUAGAAAUUAAUUUCACAUUCUGUUUCCCCUUCGUUAACAAUGUAACAGCCUUAAAUCUAUAGAAAUCUGGGGAAAUUAGUUUUGAAACAAACUUUUUUUUUUAAGUGAGUAUAAGCUAAAAUGCUAGCCCUCCUUUUGCCAUUCCUCCUCCAUGAGAUCUCAAAAAUGCUGCUGGUUAAAGCACAAUGACUUUGGCUCCCUUUCAUAACAAUACUUGAAUGGUAAAAUAAGUCUGCCUUUGCCUUGUUUCUACAAUGACACCAAUGUUCUCUUUAAACAAUGGAUGCUUUCAUGCAAUCAUGCAAAUGAAUUUUUGAAAGCUCAGCAAAUGAAGCAGGGUUUUUUUAGCAUAUAAAAUGAGUGAAGGAACUCUGGCCCAUGAUGAUCAAUAUGAGAAAGGUCAUGUGAAGCUUAUUCUUGAUUUGUGCAUAAUAUACUGCUGCAUAGUCACUGAAUUGCUGAUGUUUAAAAUUAGGAUUUAUCUGGUGUUCAAUAAUAAGGAAUACAGUGUCUGUAACAAGACAUUAACAGACAUCUUAAAAGGGCAGAUGCUAGACUCAGCUGGUACAUAGAAGAAACCUCUCCCCACAAAUGGAUGCAGUAGGUUUUCAAAGAUUUUCAGGUCCAUUUUGUACCUGUCUUGUGACCUGACUAGAGAUAAUACGAAUGCACCUGUACUAGUGUGGCCUCAGUUUUGCAAGGCUUACAUAGGCAUAGUCCUUGUCUUUGUACUAGUAAAUUCUGCCCCUCUUGUAAUUUUGUGUUGUAAUGUCCUCCAUGUAAUUCUGGUGGUAACAAGUGCAAUGGGGAGAACUUGAAGGAAAAUUUAUUUUUUGUUUUUGUUUGAGGAACCAAUUGUGUAUAAUUUCAAGUAUAGGAAGGGAGGGGGAGAAAAACUUUGUUUCCCAAGUUGAAGUUGACCUAUUUUUAAAACAUUACUUUCAUACUGAUUUUAUGUUCAGUGAAAUAUUAAGUCUUACAGUUAUAGUCUGGAUAAUUGGACAAAUGUAAUAAAAGGGUGUUUUGCUGGUGUA